AUGGAUCCCAUGGAGAGCAUGUCCGUGUCCGGGGGCCGUGUCCCGGCGGGCUUCAACGCCGAGGAUGCCGGCAACAUGGAAGAUAUGGAGAAGCAAUUCGCCGUCAAGGCCGUGCAGCACCUGCAAACAUACUGGGCCAUCCUGGAGCGCGUGCGCGGCUCCUCGCUGCGCUUGACCAAGAUGGACGACGACAUCUACGAGCACCUCAAGACGGAUUUCCCCGAGUUUGACCCCGCGGCCGUGAUCAACGAGGAUGAGAUGAAGAGCAAGGUCGGCAAGGAGCGCUGGCGCAAGUUUCUCAUGGCGUACGAGAAGAAGGUGGACGACUACAACUUUGGCACCAUGCUGCGUAACAGCCCCAAGGUCGAGUACGAGGAGGACUCGACUCUUUUCGUCCCCCGUAUGCAGUUUUACGCCGUCGAAAUCGCCCGCAACAAGAGCGGCCUCAACGACUGGAUCUACGAAAAGGCUCAGGCUGAAAAGGCCAAAGGCAAAUAA